CAGCUGUCUCUCUCCUCACUGGGGAGGGGGCGUGCGGCUGCGGUCCCUCUGCAGAGGGCUGCGCGCUCCGCGGCUUCCGGAGCUCCCUGUUGUUUGGGCCCGUGCGCCCCGACCUCGGGAGCAGAGCUGGCCCGAGACCGCGACGCUCUGGGUAAGUGGAGGCAGGACCAGAGGCUCUGGGUCAGGAUCGGAUGCACUGAGUCCCUAGUGGGCAGGUGACGGCCGCGGCAGACCCAGGGUCAGGGUCACCAGACAGAGAGGGGCGCGGACUGCAAGGUCGCCUGGUCUUCAGGCGUUUCCAGGUUGGUCUUUGAAUAGAGGAGAAGUUUACCCAGGAAAGAGCUUUCAUUCAAAGGGGAAGCAACAGACAAACAAGGUGUUUGUGUCCUGAAGAAGCCGCCAGAACAGCUGUGGAGUGAAAGGGUGGACACCCAGGAGAAGCCGGGCUUGGUGUGAUAUUUUUGUCACAAAGGACUUCAAGAAGAAGAGAGAAGACGCUCCUCAGAGAAUGAAAGAGUCUAGCGUGAAAAUGGAGAGUGGAGCUUCUGAGAUUCAGGUAGAAACGAAGGAUGAAAAGGACCCAGGGGCUGUGUGUCCUCAAAAAGAGAGGCAGGAGAGGAACAGAGCCACGCUCUGCUUCAAGAGAAGGAAGAAAGCAAGCAAGAUGAAGUCUAAGGUUGCUUCCAAAACUGCCGAGGGGACCAAGACACGUCCCCCAGAAGCGGGGGCCUCUGAUCAGCCACAGCCAGCCGGGGCCUGGGCCUCCAUCAAACGCCUUGUGACACCUAGGAAAAGGUCAGAGUCUUCUAAGACGCAGAAGCCAUCUGCAGCUGAAGUGCAGCCCGAGGACGCAGCUCUUCCUAAGAAAAAGGCAAAAUCCAGACUUAAGAUUCCUUGCUUAAGAUUCUCAAGAGGGGCAAAGAGAAGUCGUCAUUCUAAACUCACAGAAGACUCAGACUACAACAUGGGAGUCCAGCAGAGAGGGGCUGAUGAUUUGGAGAUAAAACCCCAGACCCAGCCGGCUGACCGGACAAGCCAGGCUAAGUCCACACAGGGCCCACAGGAAGGUGUGUUGGUGGAAGAGGGUAAAGAUGUCCAAGAACCGCAGGUCAGCCGCAACGUCACAUCUGGAGAGAAUGUGAUUUCCGUAGAACUGGGAUUAAAAGAUGAGUCUUCUGCUAUUCAGAUGGGAACUCCCGUGCUGGAAAAGGAAGCUGAAGUGAUUAAGGACAAGCCAAGUGUACAGGCACAGCAAGCAAGUCCACUUGAGAGUUCAGAAGCAGACAGCCCCCGUCCAGUGACUUCUCGUGUUCCUGCCUCACCAGCCACCGCGUAUGAACGCGGUGUCGACAAACCCAGUGACAGCAUCCGAGACCGUGCACCCAGUGCAAAAGAUGACAGAAGUAGAGAAGGUGCUGCUGAAGAAAAGAAAGCAAGUGACAUUGUGCAGGGCCAGGUGGAUGAAACCCCACUGAGUCAGGCAGAGGAAGCUGCUGUCAGCCAGGUAGACAAAAGUGCUUUGGGCCAGGCAAAGGAAGCUGUAGUGGCCCAGGAAAAGGAAGCUCUCGUGGCCCAGGCAGAGGAAACUGUAGUGGCCCAGGUGGCGGAAGCUGUUGUGACCAAGGCAGAGGAAACUGUCGUGGCCCAGGUGAAGGAAGCUGUCAUGGCCCAGGGAGAGGAAGCUCUCGUGGCCCAGGCAGAGGAAGCUCUCGUGGCCCAGACAGAGGAAACUGUCGUGGCCCAGACAGAGGAAACUGUCGUGGCCCAGGCAGAGGAAGCUCUCAUGGCCCAGGCAGAGGAAGCUGUCGUGGCCCAGGCGAAGGAAGCUGUCGUGGUCCAGGCAGAGGAAGCUGUCGUGGCCCAGGCGAAGGAAGCUGUCGUGGCCCAGGCGAAGGAAGCUGUCGUGGCCCAGGCAGAGGAAGCUGUCGUGGCCCAGGCAGAGGAAACUGUAGUGGCCCUGGUGGAGGAAACUGUAGUGGUUCAGGCGGAGGAAGCUGUCGUGGCCCAGGCGAAGGAAGCUCUCAUGGCCCAGGGAGAGGAAGCUCUCGUGGCCCAGGCAGAGGAAGCUCUUGUGGCCCAGACAGAGGAAACUGUCGUGGCCCAGGCAGAGGAAGCUCUCGUAGCCAAGGCAGAGGAAGCUUUCGUGGCCCAGACAGAGGAAACUGUAGUGGCCAAGGCAGAGGAAGCUUUCGUGGCCCAGGCAGAGGAAGCUGUUGUGGCCCAGGCACCAGAUCUUAAAGAAAAUGGAAUUGAUACAGAGAAACCCAGAUCAGAGGAAUGCAAAAGAAUGGAGCCAAUUGCUAUUAUCAUUACAGACACUGAAAUCAGUGAAUUUGAUGUUAAGAAAUCUAAAAAUGUCCCUAAGCAAUUCCUAAUUUCAAUGGAAAAUGAGCAAGUAGGGGUUUUUGCUAAUGAUAGUGAUUUCGAAGGGAGAACUUCAGAACAAUAUGAAACACUCUUAAUAGAAACGGCCUCUUCCCUCGUCAAGAACGCUAUCCAGUUGUCUGUAGAACAGCUGGUUAAUGAAAUGGUUUCCGAGGAUAAUAAAAUAAAUACUCUGUUACAGUGACUUCAUUCCCAGAUCGUGGGAAAGGAAAAAAAAAACACACUUUAAAGAUGAAUUAUUUUAUACAUUUGUGACACUUCUUUCUCAGUAAUAAAUUCCAUCUGUGGAAUUUAAAGGUACAGUUCCAACCCAGAAGGGCUGAAGAAUAAAUGAAGUUUAUGAAACUCACCCAAACUCAGUUGCUUCUGGCCUGGAGGGAGUCAGUCAGCACAAAUCAGGACGCAGUGACAUACAGGAAGGUGCAGAAGUGACCAGCGAUGAGUUCUGUGCUUUGAGGAAGACUACUUACUGAACACUGGUAUGCUUAUGCUCCCUGCUGUUCCCCAGCGUCACGAAGUCUGGCUUUUUUCUGACGGGUCAACCCCGUGUAAAGGCGAACGCUGCCUUUGCUUUGCUUUUACAGUAUAUUUUCUCGUGGUGAGUCAGGCAAGAGGGUUUCUAGUCCCGCACAAGCUCCUUCCAAAAGCCAUUCCCAGGUUCCUUCAGCCAGGCGAGUAGUUAACAAGUGUGUAAGCGUGGCAACCGGGAGUGUGUUUUCUUCUCGCCCCGUCUUCUGCCCAGCAGACUUGUAUAUACCCAUCUCCGUGUGGACUAUCUGCUGAGAUGUUAGGAACAAAUACAUACAGGGAAUCGUAUGUUUCAUCCGGAAGGCAAACUCCCCAGUUGACGGAGGAUUCCCUCUAGUGGAACGACUUCUGGAGGCCCAGGAAAACCGUAAUAUCCUUGUGAAAAUAUUUCUUCUUGGCCAAACGUGAACUAUGUGUACAAGUGAAUAAAAAGUCAAAAGUCAUGCUAAAGCAUAGGUUUUCAGCACCAGUGUUUUUCCGAUGUGUCUAGCCAUGAUAGUGUAACAUGCUUCCCAGCCCCGUGGGUUAGGGUUCAUACUGUACAGCACCCUGCCCCACUAUCUGACCCAGUGAUGAUGUUAAAGGCAGUGCAGAUGGAGGGGGCUGAUGGAGAGCAUCUUCGGGAGGCAGGAGCACCAGUGGUUUUCAUCUGCUCUGCACUUAACAGUGAUGAUGGCCUGCAUAUGUAUACAUUGCUUUCUCCUGUACUUUCAGUUUGUAAAUACAUAUUGUGAUCUCUUACAGAAGUAACCAACGUGGCUUUGGAAUUUAACCAAAUGGUGGAUGUUUAGCAAGAUUCUUGGUUGGAAUGUGAAACUCUUUUCUUCAGGCUUGCCUGUCUUUAUGUUUUCAACAGGCAAUGGGGGCAUCAUUCAAUUUAGAAAGAUAAAACACACGACUGCCCCCCCAAUACAUUUCUUUUAAUUGUGUACCUUUUAGACAUGAAACCAAAUCACUGCUAAAUCAUCUUUGAGAGAAUAACCCACUGUGUAUGGUGCUAAUAGACUUGUAUAGCUACCAGCAAAUAUGUUUAAAAUGAACAGUUUUAAAUGCCUGAUUAAGUUGGUGCACUCUGCAGUAUUUUAAAUAAUCCUGUAUCUAUUUACUAUUAGAAUGGCUCCAAGCCAAUAUACUUGCAUUAAAGUUUCUAAUAAUCUCUUAUGAAUGAGAAAAAGCUAUAAAAUAUGCAGUACUUAGCAAUUAUUAAGGGUAUUUUAGAUUUGGGGAUUUUGAAAAACAGAAAGUAACUACGUAAUUUUGAGGGUAAAAAAGUAGCUUCAAGUUUUAGUGUGUAUGUGUGUGUGUUCCUUAUGCUGCUGUUUGAUAAAUACACCUUUGGUUAGGAGCUAUUAUGAUUGAUUGAUUGUUUUUUUGGUUUUUUUUUUGGUUUUUUUUUUUGGUUUUUCGAGACAGGGUUUCUCUGUGGUUUUAGAGCCUGUCCUGGAACUAGCUCUUGUAGACCAGGCUGGUCUCGAACUCACAGAGAUCCUCCUGCCUCUGUCUCCCGAGUGCUGGGAUUAAAGGCGUGCGCCACCACCGCCCGGCUACUAUAAAAUAUUUUAUUGGGGCUGGAGAGAUGGCUCAGUGGUUAAGAGCACCGGCUGCUCUUCCAGAGGUCCUGAGUUCAAUUCCCAGCAACCAUAUGGUGGCUCACAACCAUCUGUAAUGAGAUCUGGUGCCCUCUUCGGGCAUGUGGGCAUACAUGCAGGCAAAAUAAUGUAUACAUAAUGAAUAAAUAAAUAAAUCUUUAAAAAAAUUAAAAAAUAAAAUAUUUUAUUAUGAUAGGAUGCAUUUCAAGCAGUUUGGCCUUCUGUGAAAAAUAUGUAGAAAGAUUCUGACUCAAUUUACACCCUUUUGGCCUUAAACCAACUAGUUUAAAGGAAUCAAUUUAGGCAUCAUUAAUCACUCAGUAAUUUUAAUUGAAAUCUGCCUUUAAUGAACAUUUAUCAGCUAGACUCUUAAUUUCUUUUUGAAGGCGAAGGAGCUUAUCAGAUACUUAACAAUUUUUCAAUAUAUUAUCUUCACCCCCUUAAGAGUCAAGCAUUAUUCACUCCACUUACAAGGCAGAGACUAUGAGCACUUGCCAAGAUGUGUGUGUGUGUGUGUGUGUCACUAUUCCUUUAACAUUUUUUUUUCAAAGCACUUUUUAGGAUAUUAAAAAUAGUACCUGGUAACAUUUAAGUAAAGGUAGCAGAAAACAAAAGAACUUUCCAACAGAAAUCAUGUUCCUUGCCACCUCCUCCACCUCCAAGAAUAAAGAGCAUGUGGCACGAACGGAGCUCUUCAGAGAAGCUGUCUGCAUAAUUCUUCUCACGGCAAUGGGCUUGACAGCGCGGAGAUGGCGAUGAUCUUAAUUGGUCUACUAUUUGGUGGCGUCUGAGACGAGGUGAGGCUCUUGGCCUGUGAGAAGGCCCUGGACCAGCCUUGCCUGUACGCAUGGCCCAGAGUUUGUUCCAUCGGCAAAUAUCUAACUUCAGUUUGCCUUAAUUUUUAUAGUUGAGCAUUUUUUAGGGGUUGUGUCAGACUUUUUAAAAUAAUUGUUAGACUUUCGAGCCCUGUUGUUUGAAAAGAUCCUUCUGUCGGCUUUACUGAGAAGUGUGUUCUACUUCCUAGUUUAAUACUAACUGCACCAGGGUUUGACUUUUCUGCCUGCCAUUUUUGCAUUUUUUUAUAUCUUCAUUUAAACUGUAGAGCUUCUUUAGGUUCAAAUUCCUGUCUUACUGUGUAACAAAGUUUCUUACAUGGAAUUGAAAUUUUCAAUUCAUACUGCAUUUUAUCACAUUUUUAACAAGAAUUUUUUGUAAUGAUCCUUGACAAAAGUUUAUUAGGAUAAAUCUACAUAAAGUAUGGGUAUCCCGAUUAGGUUAGAUCCAACGUGUAUUAGGCUUAACGCCUAUCAAUGUCUUGGUAGUAGGACCUCCCAUAGCUCAUCCUGGGCAGGGUACGUGUGUGUGUGUGUGUGUGUGUGUGUGUGUGUGUGUGUGUGUGUGUUGGAAGGAAAGAAGUGGCAACAGAAGCCAGGAUGGGGAAAAGCAGCCACAGACAAAGCAAAAAGAUAAAUGCCAAUCAGGGAAGUAGAAAGAGUGUUUCUGUCUGAAAUGGGGGACUGGGACCCGAAUAUAGUGGCAUUCUGAACACAAACACUGUAUCCAUUCUGAUUUGUGACCAGGUGCAGGAAGGCCUGUAUAAUGCCACACAUGUCGGGUCUAUGCCGUAGAAAUGUUAAGUGGAUGAGCCAUUAAAAAGUAAGAGUAACCAUUUUGUAUCCUCAUUAAAAUUAGUAUUUCUGUGAAUCAGAGGCGCAUAUUCAAGAGAUAAUAUUCUGUAGAGAAAAAGUUUUCAAGUUGAAUUAAUUCAUGUACUAACGAAUACAGAAUAAAUGUUAUAUUAACUUAUUUAUUUUAUCUGUGUCUUUAAAAAGGGAUAUGGUAAAUUAUAAUUCAUUUCCUAAAACUGUAAAGAUCACACUAAUGAGAAAACUUAGUUCUAUAAAAAGUUCCACUCUGCUAGGGAUUACAGAGACAUUUCAACCCAGACCUAAAGGAGUUCACCUCCAGCAAAGAAACGCAAACAGAAUUCUGAACAGACACAACUGUAAGAACAGACAGUUCUGAAUGUGAUGCCAUCUGAACCCAGUGGCAAAGCGACAUGCUCAGUCCCGAAGAUCUCAAAACCAAAUCAAACAAACAAAAGGGAAAGUUUUACUGUUUCUUACCUAUUGCAUCAGUUGCUUUUCUGGGUUUUUUUGGUGGGGGUUGUUUGUUGUUUUUUGAGACAGGGCUUCUCUGACUGUUCUGGAACUCACUCUGUAAACCAGGCUGGCUUCAAACUGAAGAUCCAACUGCCUCUGCCUCUCAAGUGCUGGGAUUAGAGGUUUGCGCCACCACCACCCAGCCUGUCUUUUCUGUAUUGUUAGUCUGUGAAUUGUUAGUAAUCCUCAUGAUUUUAUAAUGAGCCACAGUGUGGAAGGGCUACCGUUAGCCACAAAUCAACUUCAGCUGCUUGUUUCACAAGUUUGAUUUCCUAAAGCCCUCAUUUCAUUCUGCCCCCAGUACUACUUCCAUUGUACUGUUAAACAGGUAAGCCUUGAGCGUCCUCCUGCCUCAGCCUCCCAAGUGCUGGGAUUAUAGGUGUGCGCCAUCACACCAUUUAGUGGCGCUGACCUCCAACCUCAGUCCCACAUUUUACAUCUGAGAUUUAUAUACCUACCGCACAUGUGUUGUUGCUGUGACAACAUACCUGGCGAAAGCAACCCAAGGGGCAGAGUUAUCUUGGUUCGUGGUUUGAGGGUACAAGCCAUGGACUUCUUCAGGCAGCAGGUCACACUGCAUCCACCUCAGGAAACAGAGAGGAUGAACGGUAGCUCUCAGCUUCUUCUGUCUGUUCAGCACAGGGCCCUAGCUCAUGGAAGGGGGCCACCCAUGGUUAAAGUGGGUCUUCCCACUCAAGUAACCUGAUCCACAUAAUCUCUCACAGACCUGCCUAGAAGCUGUCUCCUAGGUGUGGUCAAUCAAAAUUAGCGAGCUGGGUGUGGUGGCACAUGUCUUUAAUCCCAGGCAGAGGCAGGAGGAUCUCUGUGAGUUUGAGGCAAGCCUGGUCUACAUAACAGUCCCAAGACAGCCUUUAAAAUAAACAAAUAAAAAAAAGGAGUAACUACCGCAAAUACUGAGUAUUUUUAGUUUACUGUCAUUUUCUGUGAUAGUAAAAAUUGCUAUUUAUGCAGAAAUUCAAAAUAACAGUUAGACACACACAGAAGCUUCAGCCAUAAGAACAAAACAGACAAAACAGUCAUUUUUCAGAAAAUGGAUGCAACUGGAUAUUAAGCUAAGAAAAAUAAAA